CUCUCCCUCCCUCCUUCUCCAGCUUGCUCUUUGUGCCUCAAUGCCUCUGCCUCUUGCUUGGCCAUGCAUGCAACUUGUCAUGCAAAGGAGGCGCCUUUAAAAAUAAAAUAAAAUAUAAAAGAUCAGGAGACAGGCUGAGUUUCCUCUGCAACCCAAACAUGUCAUGGGCCCUCCAGAGAAACUGGAUUGCAACUUUGGCUUUUUGGGUCCCCCUCCUUAAUAAUAUCCAGGCGUUGGGCCAUGGUAGGACUGUUCCACCGGGCAGAUUUGCCUUUCCAGACCAGAGGCAAGAUGAUUUUAUCAAAAAGCUGCAAGAUUAUGAAGUGGUCAGCCCUGCAAAAGUCAGUGCAGAUGGACAUUUUCUCUCAUAUAGUUUACACCACAAUGCCUCAAACGUCAGAAGGAAAAGAGACUUUAGGAGAAAGGACUGUAAGGUGUAUUAUAAAAUCAAGUACAAAGAGAAAUACCUCUUUUUAAACUUAACUCUUCAUCAAGGAUUAUUGUCAAAUAAUUAUAUUCUGGAAAGGCGAUAUGGCAACUACGCUAGUGCAAAGAUUGUUCCACACCUGGAAAUUUCAUGCCAUCACAUUGGGACAGUCUUACACCCAGAUUUCGGGAACGGGAAGGCAGCAAUCAGCACUUGCAGUGGACUAACUGGAUAUUUCCAUUUGCCUGAUGGAGACUAUUUCAUUGAACCAAUAAAGAACUAUCAGUCAGAAGAAAGGGCUCAUCCACAUAUCAUCUACAGGACAUACUUCUUUCAAAAGGCUUUGCGGAAACGACGGGAUACCUGGGUGGAGAAGGAACAAGCUUGUGGAGUGAAUGAAACUUCAAACUUUUUCAAACAUCAAGAGCUUCGAAGGGAGAAAUGGGAAAGAAACCAUCUGAUGACCAAGGCAACCUCCCGACGGUCUGUCAGCAGAGAACGCUGGGUGGAGACUCUGGUGGUUGCUGACAGCAAGAUGAUUGAAUAUCAUGGAAGUGAGAAUGUGGAAGACUAUAUUCUCACUAUUAUAAACAUGGUGGCAGGCUUGUUCCAUGAUCCAAGCAUUGGCAAUGCAAUCCAUAUUGUGCUGGUCCGUCUUAUUCUUCUUGAGGAAGAAGAGCAAGGGCUGAAAAUAGUUCACCAUGCAGAUAAGACAUUAGCCAGCUUUUGCAAAUGGCAAAAGAGUAUCAAUCCGAAAACAGAUAACAACCCACUCCACCAUGAUGUGGCCGUACUUCUUACCAGAAAAGACAUUUGUGCCGGCAUGAAUCGUCCAUGUGAAACCUUGGGCUUAUCCCAUCUCUCUGGAAUGUGUCAACCACAUCGAAGCUGUAACAUCAAUGAGGACUCUGGCCUACCUUUGGCAUUCACAAUUGCACAUGAACUUGGACAUAGUUUUGGUAUCCAGCACGAUGGAAAAGAAAAUGACUGUGAGCCAGUGGGGAGACGCCCGUACAUCAUGUCACAUCAACUGCAGUAUGAUCCCACUCCCCUGACUUGGUCACGCUGCAGCAAAGAAUACAUCACACGUUUCCUAGACCGAGGAUGGGGCUUCUGCCUGGAUGAUAUUCCAAAGAAGAAAGACCUAAAGCCACCUUUCAUUGCACCUGGAGUGCUUUAUGAUGUCCAUCACCAGUGCCAGUUGCAGUAUGGACCCAAUGCAACUUUCUGUGAUCAAGUGGAUAAUAUAUGCCAAACCCUAUGGUGCUUAGUGAAAGGUUCUUGCCGUUCAAAACUGGAUGCUGCAGCAGAUGGAACAAGAUGCGGUGAGAAUAAGUGGUGCUUCACAGGUGAAUGCAUAACUGUGGGCAAGAGCCCCGAAGCAGUUCAUGGCGGAUGGGGGUCAUGGUCACCAUGGUCACAUUGCACACGGACAUGUGGGGCUGGCAUUCAGAUGGCAGAGAGACAGUGCAAUAAUCCAGAACCACAAUUUGGAGGGAAGUAUUGCACAGGAGAGAGAAAACGCUAUCUUAUGUGUAAUAUUAAACGGUGCCCAAAAGUCACACCAAACUUUCGGCAGAUGCAGUGCAGUGAAUUUGAUACAGUCGCCUACAAAAAUGAAUUCUACCAGUGGAUCCCAAUUUAUAACACAGCUAACCCUUGUGAACUUCAGUGUCGCCCCACAAACAACCACUUUUCAGAGAAAAUGCUAGAUGCGGUGAUAGACGGCACACCUUGCUUUGAAGGAAACAACAGCAGAGACGUCUGUAUUAAUGGCAUGUGUAAGACUGUAGGCUGCGAUUAUGAAAUAGAUUCCAAUGCGACUGAAGAUCGAUGUGGAGUUUGUCAGGGAGAUGGCUCCUCUUGCCAAACAGUGCAGAUAACAUUCAAUCAAAGUGAAGGAUUAGGCUAUGUUGAUAUUGGCAUGAUUCCAAAAGGCGCAAGAAACAUCAAAGUAACAGAAGUGGCAGCAGCAGGGAAUUUCCUUGCAUUAAGGAGUGAGAAUCCAGAGAAGUAUUAUCUCAAUGGGGGCUUUAUUAUCCAGUGGAAUGGAGACUACAAAGUGGCAGGAACAGUAUUUCAGUAUGGGAGAAAAGGAGACCUGGAAAACCUCACUGCUCUUGGACCCACAAAUGAAUCUGUAUGGCUACAGCUCCUGUUUCAGGAGAAUAACCCUGGAAUAAAAUACGAAUAUACUGUCCGCAAAGACUGGAGCUCAGAGAAUGAAGUAGAAGACCCGGAGUAUUUUUGGCAAUACGGGAGCUGGACAGGUUGCAGUGUGACUUGUGGACAUGGUUUCCAACGUCAAACUGCUCGCUGUGUGAAAAGGGGGAAAGGUGUGGUGAAAAACUUGUUUUGUGAUCCAGAAACACAACCAAAUGGAAAACAAAAGAAAUGCAUUGAAAAAGAUUGUCCACCAAGAUGGUGGGCAGGAGAAUGGCAGAAAUGCUCAGCUACCUGUGGUCCAACAGGUGAGAAGAAAAGAACUGUCCUCUGCAUCCAAGCAGUAGGGUUUGAUGAGCAAGCUUUGCCAGCUGAAGAAUGCCAGCAUCUGCUGAAACCAAAGACUCGCCUUUCAUGCAACAGGGAUAUCCUCUGCCCAUCUGACUGGACAGUAAGCAACUGGACUGAGUGUACAGUUACUUGUGGUGGAGGAGUACGUACUCGUAAUAUCACCUGUCCCAAAAAUAAUGGAGAACCAUGUGAUAUUUCAAAGAAACCUCAUUCCAAAGCUCUGUGUGGUCUCCAGCAGUGCCCACCCACCAGACGACCACUGAUACCUCAUUUGAAACUGCUCAAUGGAAAAAUAAUCAGGAGAAUUGGCUCCAAUAACAGAAGAGGCCCUGUGAAUGAUUUGCCGACCCAAAAUCCAAGGCCAAGAAUCUCAACCACCACUAUCUCCACUUCCACUUCCACAAACUCAGCUCAGCCUGCAAAUGUUACUUUAAUACCCACGUCAUUUGGCCCUACGAAUUCUUCGCAACAGGAAGACUUGGAAGUGACAACAAAAAUACAAAGUAAUUCCAGUGGCUCAAGCAUUCGCAAAGAUUAUUCCUAUGUAUUUAGUGAUAACAGUUCACUGAAAAAUAGCACUUGGAGACCACUGACAAAUAAUUCAACUGUUUCAAAUUUUAUAAAUGUGGGGAACAUCUCCAUCAUAAAGCCCUGCAAUUCUUCAGAGGCCAGUUAUAUAAAUAAGGACUCCAUUAUUACUGACCCCGUGUCUUGGGUUGUGACCCCAGAGUACAAUUAUUCAACUGAAGUAUCCAACAUAGUGUCUAAUAGUACUGAUGGAGGAACAAAGGACAAAGUCAAGAAUGAACAGUCAACAAGAAGAUUUUCUCUUACUGGCCAGACCUCAACAACCUCACCCACAGUUUAUCACUCUGAGUCUUCUAGCCAGGUUCCUGUUAUUCCAAUAACAGGAGAAGUUUUGCUGACAACCAUAGGUCCCCGAAAGCUUCCUGUUCAAAUAAAUACACCACCAACAACAAAUCCUGUUACAGAAGAACCAGCACAGUUGGAUGAUACAUUGAAAGAUGAGAACAAAACAACACCAAAAUCUAGUGAUGGAACAUCCAGCUGGCCCACGAAGAGCCCAUUUCUGCAAGACUCUCAUGUUCCAACAAAUCAGGAGAAAGCUUUCAAGACAAUUUUGUGGAACAACUCGGAUCCAAAAGAUUCCAUGAACUCUCAUACUGAUGCUUAUUGGAUAGUGGGGAAUUGGAGUGAAUGUUCCACCUCAUGUGGUGGAGGAGCCUUUUGGAGAGCAGUGGAAUGCAGCACCAAGAAUGAAUCUGACUGCCAGCAUAUUACGAAACCUGAUCCAGCAAGAAGGUGCUACCUCCGCCCAUGUGCCCAAUGGAAAGCUGGCAACUGGAGCAAGUGCUCCUCAAACUGUGGAGGUGGAUUCAAGAUCCGUGACGCUUAUUGCCUUGAUGUGCGUGACAACAGAAUCCUGAGGCCAUUCCACUGCCAGAUUAUAGGACGCAAGCCACAGCUGAAUGUGAGCUGUAACAAAGAUCCCUGCUUCAAGUGGCGUGCAGAGCUCUGGAAUGAGUGUCCUGUUUCAUGUGGAGGAGGCAUCCAGCAAAGAGCUGUACAGUGCAUCAGUGUGGAAGGAUUCCUAGCCAGCGAUGAGAGUGUGUGUGAGCACAAGGCUAAGCCUCCAGAUGUGCAGAAAUGCAACCAGCAAGACUGCAUAGAAAGUGCGGAUCGAUUGCACUCAACAGCAGAGGAGCCUCAUCUCAGAAAUACAGAGAAUCCUGCAAGACAGGGACUACCUUGCAGCAAAGACAGGCUGUCAACAAAUUUCUGCAAGAGAGUGAAAGAUGUCGGCAAAUGCUCCAUGCCCUCAGUUCGGAAGCAGUGCUGCUCCACAUGCAAGAGGCCCUAGGCUGUUAGCAAAAUGGAGCCCCAGAACCUACCAAACCUAAAACCAUGAAAACUAAGAGUGCCAGUUCAGAAUUCAAAAUUAAAAAACAUGAAUGUUGUUGAGCAUUACUGUCUCUCCUUCUAUGAUCUGUGAAACUAUAAUGAAGUGGCUUUAAACCAUUCCAAAUCCAAGGUUAGUCUUAGCCCACAUUUGAAACAGUAGACUCGCUUUUUAAAUAUGUUCUAUAGUAUACAUAUUUUCCUUUUGUCAUUAUAUCUAUUUGUCUGUUCUCUGUGUGUCCUUCCUCCUCCUUUAAAAAAUGACUGUGGUGCUAUCUUUAUGGAUCACUUUUGUCAUAUUUUGUUCACUCUAAUAACUUGCUAUGGAGACAACACAACCACCUUCACCUUGAUCAUGCAAGCAAGAACUAGGUAUGGUGAGAACUACAGGAGUGUGUUAUGCAAAUACAUACCUUCAUAUAUAUUGAAAUGUACAUCCAGGACAAGGUGGAUAUGUUCUUGAAUGGAAAUGAAGACGUAAAUACUCUAUGAAAGCCAUUCGUUUUCUAUACAGAUGUUAUAAUCGCCACCACCAGCACCAUCUAUUUCUAUGUAUGCCACUUUUCUUAUAAGAUUUCAUCCAAAGCAAUUACAACACAUCAAAAGAACAUCACUUCCCCAUCUCAUCUGGAUUAGAACAUUUGGAUCAAAUGUUUUAAAUUUCUGGUCUGUGUGACUGUGAUACUGUGAAAUAUUAUCCUGAAUUAACGUUUUGGAAAUAAUAUUGAUGUCGGGGGGGAGGUUUGAUCAAAGACAGCAGCUGAUGAGCUGUUGCAUGGUUGAUAUGAUAAUAUAACAUGAUUUACAUUAAUAUAAUCUCACUAUUAUCCAGCUAUCCUAUUCUACCUGAAACUAUUCAGCAUAGUCACACUGAAGUAACAUACAUUUCAAAGUGUAUCCCAUUUUUUCACUUUGCAUUCAUCACCCAUCAGCAACAAUCCAAGAGUACAAGCAAGGGACUAUUAUCACCAUGUUUCUGAGAUCACCUUAGUUGGAGAUUGAAUCUGAGUCCUUGAGCAUGCAAACCAUGUGGUGUGUUACUAAAUUAUACAGAUGCCUGCAUGUCAUCCAAUUCCCCCCCCCCCCCCGUUUAUCACAAGAUUAUCUGCAUUAAAGCCUUGUGGUACAAUGGGGGCCAAACUGAAUGAAUAGGCCUGUGAUCAGAGGUUCUUUCUUGGUAAGCAUCUGUCAAAAGCAAUUGAAAGAAAGAUUCAGUUUUUGACUACAGUGGGGAGAUGCAGAUGCAGUAGACAAGGUUAACCCAGCAGUGGGGAACCUCAACAUUCUAUCAGAUUCCAGGUCCUAUCAGCUUUAACCAACAUGGUCAAUUGUUCUGGAAUGUGGUUAAUGCUACCACACUAACAGUGGAGAACUAGCACAGAUUUACCAUCAUCUCACCUACUUUGGCCCAAAAAUUCUUUUAAAAAUUGCUGUGAUAAUCUUUUUUAUCUCUGAAUCCAUUUAUUUCUUAUAAAUCUUGUGAAUUGCGGAAUUCUCUAAAUACCAAUUUUGGGGAAAAGGCCAGAUGAUGAUGAAUGAUGAUGAUGCUUCCUUGUGAAAAGGUAUGUCUCAAAGAGAAGUUAGUAAGAUAAAAGUCUCAAGAGUCCCUGCAUUAGCUAAAUGACAUUGGAAAUUUGUUAUUUGUACUGAGAGUUGCCAGUUCUCAUCAUAUUCUUCAACAAACUGACACAUAUACCUCUAAGUGAAGAAAGUGCUUUUCUUUUUUUCUGAUGCUGAAUAUGGUGCUGAAAUACCAUGGUGCUAAAACAUGCAUGGCAUCCAAACAUUCUGUACAUUGUGUGGAUGCAUUUAUGUCUGCUCUGAAAUUAUACUUUAGCUAGGUGUUGCUGUGCAAUGCCCAUUGUAUUCCUUUUUCCCCCCAAAUGGGUUGUGAUGUGUUUCACCCAAAUUGCUUCAAUUUGUAAAAUAACAGGUGUUUUUUUUAAUAGUUACUUCUGAGAAUAAAAAGUGUAUCUGCUUCUUUGAUGU